AUGACUGAACGCCCUUUUUUCGACAAGUGGUUGGGAAACACAAUCCAGAUCGUUAAAGACACGGACAACUCAGCCUUUACAUGGAUUCUAGAAUCGGUAAUCGGCGACAAGAACAACCAGCUCUCAGCUUACGAGUAUCUCGAGAAUAAAGUCUUACAAGGCUCGCUUAGUGGAGCAUAUGGAACGUUCUUCUGCCAUAAGGCUCAUGAUCCUAGCGAUGACGCUGUCAUGAAGGUCAUUCAUUAUGCAAAGCUUGAGGGUCUUCAAUUGUUUCGGGACUUGUUCUGGUCGCUCUACCGGAAUGAGCGUGAUAAGAUCAGGGUGGCUCUCAAAGACGCCUUCGAGAACUGCAUCAAAGCCGGUGCGCUGCCGUGUCAGCUGGACGCCAGAUACUUCGUGUGGGAUAAGGAGGCAUCGAAGAUAUAUGAGUCGCUGGACGUUGUAAAAUUGGAACGACCUAGACAACAUAACGAGGUGCCACCGAUUAUCUACAAGGAGCCCGCCAGCGGAUUCGCAGACCCUACACUCGCCUCUGCGCUCCGAGAGCAAGUUGCUACCCCGACUUCAACGCCUUUGCCCACCGGCGACCCUGCAGCCCAGGAUCAGGAGGACACCGAUCUGGAGACCGAAACGGGUACCUUCAACAUCGGCGCCAUCGCCGGUGGUGUAGUCGGCGGUGUCCUCGGUCUGCCUCUGCUCAUCGCGAUAUGUUGGUUCUUCUGGGGGCAUCAGAAGAAGAAACAACAGCUUACCGCGGGAAAAUUACCUGCAUCUAGGUCAAGCGAGCACAAGCCUGAGAUAGGUGAGCUUGGUGGACGGGAAACGGUUGCUGAGCUGGGUGGUCCUCGGCAUUUGCUGCAUGCAAAGGUGCAGGGUGCUUGGAACUAGAUUCAUGAGAUGCCUUCAUAACACCCUCCUUGGUUGAGGAUGAACAUAGUCACUUUUGAUUCUGUAUACACUCACGCACUUUCUGAUGACGCAAAUGAACUUCCGUCUCACCACAAACGUAUUAUUGCAUUGACUCGGAUUUUGCUUGAUCCCUCGUGAUUCAUAGGUUGGAACCAUUAGCAGAAGUAUUAUUACGGACAGAAAAUCAGGAGUAACCUAUGGGACUGCCUAAACUAUCACGUAAGGAAAUUGCAGGGUGAGCAAUCUAGACCGCUACUAGAUCUACUCAGAAAUACAUAUGUAUAUAGAUAGAUGUUCACCUCCCCAAUACUCUGUUGCGUUGUGCUCAUAUUUCUCAAAACGUAUCUCUGCCAUUUUCAUAAAGACAUGGGAUAAUAUCCAAAAUAAGAUAGUAUAAGUACGUUGCCCUCAGUAUUUUAUGUGAAGGAUGCCACACCGAGAGCCUGGAGGUCUCUGCCCAUCAAAAGAAUCGAGGGAGGUACCCACUACUAUACUGCCUUGUUCUGCCCUUAUGAUUUGAAGUGUCAUUUAACCCAGUAGACAUAUUAGAAGUUUUCAUAUCAGGAACAUUUUAUACUUCGCGGAAGAUUAUCUUUUGGAGCGGAUCAGAGCCUGGUUUGUAAACUUCGUACGCAAGCCUUGUCUCUACCUAGUUCGAUGAAUGAGGUAACCUGACCAGUGCUCGCUCGCCCAAUCUAAUUCUACCCGAAUUUGUUCUAGAAAAGUCCUGGCUGGUGCCUGCCAAGUCUCUUUGACUGACACUGCACAUUUCUAAUCUCAACGGCCGGGAAGGAUUCAGGUUCAGAACCCCCUGGCGGCCUGGCCAGGGACCAGGAAGCGAGGUGAAAAGCCGCCUGAAGUUAAUAAGGACGGCCUAAGUGUAAGGCCCCCAACUCCAAUUUCUAGACUCGGGCUAAGAUACUUUGAUUGCGUUUGGGCUACCGUAUAUCAUCGGUUAGAUACCAUAUCCCGUCGGUUUCUCCUUUUCAAACCGUGAAAGUCGACAGAAAUUGAUCAAGGUUACCACGACGCUCGGUCCCUGUCUCCGCCAGAAUAGUGAAAGUAUCAAGGUAGGAUAGAGGGAGGACCAAGCGUCGGUCUUGAUGAGUCCAAGCGCCCAACAUACCACUACUCUAUAAUAAUAAUAAUGCAGGCUCUAGGCGACAUAACCAUGUUAUCAUUUAUGUAGAUCACUUCGG